AUGGGAACAUCAACUGUCAAUGUUAUUGAGAUUCUUGCCUUGCUCAUUCUACUUCAAAGCGUUUCCUCCUUCUGCAAUGGAGAUAAUUUCAAUGGAAGCUGUAUCAAGACUGAAAGAGAAGCUCUUGUGAAAUUCAAGUCAAGCCUCUUCAACAAUUCAAACUCAUUGCCUUCAUGGGAGGGAGAUGACUGCUGCAGAUGGCACGGAGUCAUUUGGAAUCCUUCAUUGGCAAUCCACAGCCUCCAUUUUCCAUCUUCUUUGAAAUACUUGAACUUGUCGUAUGUGCUCCUGGACAAGUGUGACAAUUGUGCUUUCCGAGGGUCUCUUUCAACUGAUAUCAGUAAUCUUAAUUCUCUUGCUUCCCUUAAUGCGGGUUUUAAUUCUUUGGAAGGCAACAUACCCAACACGUUGAACAGGCUUUGCAAUUUGAUUGAGCUACACUUGGGUUACAACAAGUUCAGCGGUGAGAUUUCCGGAACUUUUAGCAACUCAUCCGGUUGCAUCAAGAACAGUUUAGAGAAUCUGAUUCUUUUAAACAAUUCCUUUUCUGGUAGUAUUCCAGAUAAUUUGGGCCAAUUUAAACGCCUGAAAGGUCUUUAUCUUUCUAAAAACUCUUUCUGGGGUUCAAUUCCUGUAUCCAUUGGACAGCUUUACAACCUUGAAAGACUAGGUUUGAGUAAGAAUUCAUUGCAUGGGGAGGUUUCUGAACUUCACUUGUUAAACCUCAGAAGCUUGAUUGAGUUGAGUGUGGAUGGGAAUUCUUUAGUUUUUGAUAUUGAUCCCGAAUGGAUACCUCCUUUUCAACUUUCCUCGAUUGAUUUAUCAUCUUGUGAAGUAGGGCCUUCGCUUCCACAGUGGCUCAAGACACAAAAGCACAUUAGAUUUUUAGAAAUGUCUAAUGCAAGCAUCUCAGAUAACAUCCCUGACUGGUUUGAAAAUAUUUCUUCCAAUAUUGUAGGAUUGGAUUUAUCUUAUAAUCAGUUGUUUGGGACCUUGCCAACUUUCAGAAAACUGAACACACCUUAUGCUAACGAAUAUAGGAUCAUAUUGUUGAAAUCUAACCAGUUUGAUGGUUUUUUAACCUGUUCUCAUUUUGAUGCAACCAUAUUAGAUAUCUCCAACAACUUGCUCCACGGCCAGAUUCCCCAGAAUCUCAGUGAAAUGAUGCCAAGUCUGCAACUCUUAUCCCUCUCCAACAACUACUUGAAUGGUACCGUUCCAGCUACUUUAUGCAGGAGUGGAUCUUUACAAAUUCUUGAUCUUUCGAAUAAUCAUCUAUCAGGAAUAAUACCUUCGUGUUGGGGAAAUUUGCCUAGUUUAACUGUGAUUGAUUUUUCAAGUAAUAUGUUGAGUGGUGAUGUUCCAAUGUCCUUGGGUUCUCAAGAGUCGCUUGUUUCCCUGCAUUUGCAAAACAAUACUCUGCAAGGAAAGAUUCCAAUGUCAUUAAGGUAUCUAGAAUCCUUGGAGACUCUUGAUCUUAGCAUGAAUGCUUUUGAUGGUUUUAUUCCUUCAUGGAUAGGUGAGAGCCUAUCUUCUCUGAAAGUACUGAGUAUUCACUCUAAUAAAUUUGAAGGUGAGAUUCCUCUGCAGCUUUGCUACCUUGCUUCUCUUCGCAUAUUGAACUUGGCAAAUAACGUGAUGACUGGAACCAUACCUAAUUGUUUUGGCAAUUUUACUGCAAUUGCUAUGCAUGAGCAGAAAGGAUUUUUAGCUAAGAUUGAAGUUGGGAAGCUUGGAGACCCCGGAGCUUAA